CCUCUGGAACUGAGUCGUUAAAUCUUUCGUUCCAGAUCGAUACCGUACCGCGAUUGGGUACGCUCGAUCCAGAUUGAAAUUCGUAGGGGAGUUUUGCUGAACUGUGAGCACCAAUUUUUUAUCUGUUCGAUCACCAACAGGUCGAGUGGGGUUCUUACGAUUACUGACUUUGUGGUGAUAUUUGCAUUUUGCAACAUGUUCCGCAAGAACUAAUUCAUGUGGCAGGGUGUUCUGCAAUGGACUGCAUCCAAGAAGAGAUUAAGACGGUAACUAUGGACUCUACAACUAAGGGAAUCGAGGGUUCAUCUGUUAAGAUAAAAGUGAUGUUCUUUGCCAGAGCUCGGGACCUUACUGGCUUGAGUGAGAUGCCAUUGGAGGUGUCGACUGGCAGUAGUGCCGAUGAUUGUUUAAAUAAGCUCAUCGCCAUGUUUCCCGGCCUGACAGAGCUCCGCGGGUGCAUGGUUCUUGCUCUCAAUGAGGAGUACACAACUGAGUCGGCAAUUGUUAAAGACAAGGAUGAGUUGGCCAUAAUACCUCCGAUCAGUGGUGGCUAAAAUGUAGUCUAAACCUUGGAUACUCAUAGAAAGUUGUUAUGUUAGCUUUUGUUGAGCAACUGGAGACUGAUAGGGCAGAUGCAUUUGCUAAAGCUGCAGUGGUGCAGAAUGCUAAUUCCAUUAUUUUACUUGCCUCCACUAUUUGUGAAUAUAGUUUUCCAUUUCUACCCUGGGUGUAAAAAUAAAUGUUACACAUGCCACAGAUUUGAAGAUUCAUGUUUUAUGAGUUUGGCAGAGAAAUUGUGAAUUUGAUACAACAUAGAGAUUUAAGAUA